AUGGAUCUCCAGCAUCAAUCAAGCAAAAAACGGAAAAGAGUGAAUUCAAAAUCAAGCACCAACCAAACAAAGAAGAAUGUUUCACUCGAAACAACUACGGAUUUCCUCCACGCAUCAAGCACCAACCAAAGAAACGUUUCCCUAACCAUGGCCGAACAUAUCUUCGCUAACAAAUCCAACGAGAAAAACAUUGUAUUUUCUCCACUCUCGCUACAAGUUAUUCUUAGCAUCAUCGCUGCUGGCUCUGAGGGUCGCACACACCAACAACUUCUUGACUUUCUCCGUUUUGAAUCCGUAGAUCGUCUCAAUUCCUUCUUCUCUCAACUCGUUUCCGUCAUACUCAAAGACGCUGCUCCUAUUGGCGGACCUCGCCUCUCUUCUACCAAUGGCGUGUGGGUGGAAAAAACCCUUUCUCUUCAACCUUCCUUCAAACAAAUUGUGUCUUCUGAUUAUGAGGCCACUUUGGCUUCCGUUGAUUUCAUAAACAAGGCUAUUGAAGUGACUAAAGAAGUGAAUAUGUGGGUUGAAAAAGAGACAAAUGGCCUUAUUAAAAACAUUCUUCCUCUAGGGUUAGUCAACAACUCAAGCAAGCUCAUCUUUGCAAAUGCACUGUACUUUAAAGGAACAUGGAAAGAGGAGUUUGAAGCUUCGAAAACGAAACGCAAUAAAUUUCACCUUUUGAAUGGCAAGUCAGUCAAGGUUCCCUUCAUGACCAGCAAGAAGCAACAAUUUAUCGGUGUUUCCGAUGAUUUUAAAGUUCUUCGUCUUCCUUAUGCGCAAGGAAAAGAUAAGCGUCAAUUCUCUAUGUACAUUUUUCUUCCAAAUGAAAAAAAAGGCUUGCCAACUUUGGUUAAGAAGGUAGCUUCUAAUCCUGAGUUACUAAACUGCAAGCUUCCUUUCAAAAAAGUGAAAGUAGGCGACUUCAGAAUUCCUAAAUUCAAGUUUUCAUUUGAGUUUGAAGCUACUAAUACGAUGAAGAAGUUAGGUGUGCUUUUACCUUUCUCUGCCGGAGGUUUGACGAAAAUUGUCGACUCUCCUACGACGAGUCAAAUGCUUUAUGUUUCUAACAUAAUUCACAAGUCUUUCAUUGAAGUAAAUGAGAAAGGAACAGAAGCUGCGGCAGCCACUGUUGCUAUUGUGAAGUCUAAGUGUGCGUCUAUUUCAACUAAACUACUAGACUUUGUAGCUGAUCAUCCUUUCUUAUUUUUAAUUAGAGAAGAUUCGACCGGAACAAUUCUCUUCAUGGGACAAAUGCUUAAUCCUCUUGUUAAUGGAUCCUGA